AAAAUAUUUUAUGUUUAUAGAUUAGGUUGAAAUUUAGACUUGAAGUCCACAAGAGCCUAUAUAAAGGCCUUAAGGGAGAGCAAAAAGGAACACAAAUUACUUAGAGUAUACUUGAGACUAAGAAAGAAGUCUGGAUCUCAAGCCUUCUUAGAGCAAACAAUACUCUAGCCAUCUAAUGGUCUACAGGCACCCCUUUUCUUGUAAAUUUUUUGUUCAAUAAAUAAAAGUAUUUUCUUUUCAAAAAAGAGUGUGUUACUUUUAUAUGAUAGAUUAUUAAUCUUAGGUCUCCUACAUAACCAAAGAAACAACUUCUAAAGUAGUCUGAGGUAAGAAAUGAAACAUAUAUGUGUUGAACCUGAUCUAAGGAAGGAAAUGUUGAGAUUAGCCACCUCUAUAAACUGGAAGCUUGGCAAUGCUUUAUGCCAACUUCGUUCAGUGCUUAUGUACUCACCUUAUAUGAGCUGCCAAGUGUCACGGACUGGGCGCUUGUCAUCCUCCCGAGAAGCCGGCUCUACUAGUGGUACUGCAUACUCUCGUCAAUUAUGCCCAAGGACCAACCUAGGAGAUACGAUAGGGAUCUAUCCUGCCUGCCUUGCUGCUCACAAACUAAUGCGCUUGCAAUGUCCUUGGUGUAGAACUUACAUCCCUAAUGAGUUGGUAUGUGACACAAGAUGUCAAGUUCAAGUGUUGGAUCAUUUGACAUAUCAUAACAAGAAUCGCAGUACAUGUCAAAGAAGGCUAACUAUUCGGAUUUCUGAAACCAAACAAAACAACACAAAUUAUUUUACUCUUGUGAUAACUGUGGUGGUUUCAUCGGAUGGUGUUUGCCAACAAAUAAAAGUGAUGGAAUUGGAAGACAGUUUAAAGUAGAAGUGCAAAUGGAUCGUGCGCACCUCAAUGGUGACGUCGAGCAACAUGUAAUGAUGAAGUUGCAAAAAUUGGAAAUGUUAAUAAAACAUGGGUUCUUCCUCUUGUUUGUUAUUGGUAUAGGGGUACUUAUGAAAAUCUAGUAACAUAUUUGUUAGUUAGGAUUGCUAAUUAUGUAGCAUGGAUUGUGUUUUGAUUAACAAACAACUGUAAUACAUUCUGUAUUUUGUUCAUUUUUAGUGAAUACUUGUAUUUUGUUCA